CUGCAAUCUUCCGAAGCGCCCAACUCACCACUUCCUCCACCACCCCGCCGCCGCCGUCGACAACCACGAAUAAACGAACGCUUCAUCAUCUCCACCACCACCACUACCAUAUCCCAACGCCCCGAAUAUCCCCCUCACUCGCCUCCCCCUCACCACGAUAACUGAGCACCAUGUUGAAGAUCUGGUCCAUGAAGCAGCAGCAGCAGGCUGCUAACAACUCCGAAGGUGGAAAGAAGAAGAAAGUUACCGCGGCGCAACUGCGGGCUCAGAAGGAUGUGGCGGAAUUAUCGUUGCCUUCGACCAUGCGAACACACUUUCCGGACCCCGACGAUAUCCUCAACUUUGAGUUGAAGAUCGAGCCUGAUGAGGGAAUGUACAAAGGCGGGGUCUUCAAGUUCACGUUCGCGAUCAACAGCAAUUUCCCCCACGAGCCCCCCAAGGUCAAAUGCACGCAGAAGAUCUACCAUCCAAACAUCGAUCUGGAGGGGAACGUGUGCUUGAACAUCCUCCGCGAGGACUGGAAGCCCGUGUUGAAUCUGAAUGCGGUCAUGGUUGGAUUGCAGUUCCUGUUCCUCGAGCCGAACUCCAGCGAUCCUCUCAACAAGGAGGCUGCUGAGGACCUGCGCCUGACUCGUGAAAACUUCAAGAGGAACGUUAAGCAAAGUAUGCAAGGAGGAUACGUCAAGAACGUGCAGUUCGAUCGUGUCCUCAAGAACUAGGCCUCUGCCACGCGGGAGGUUAGACAGUCUAGUGCUUUCGUAUUAUUGCUUUGCUCGAUGGAUUGCUGCCGAGAUGGAAAUAGACACCUCCCCUCUCUCUCGUUCUUCUGUUUUGCUUUUGUUACCUCGGCGUGGUUUCUUUUUCUGCUACCCCCGUUUUCUUCUUUUGCAUUUACAACAUGAUGCCUGUUCUGUAGCUUUGUUUCC